AUGAACGGAGAAAAAAACAUAGAUACAAAAAAUUCUAAAGAAAAAUCUUCGAUUCCGUCUAUUGGUGGAAGUUGGUAUUAUCCUUCACAAAAUCAAUUUUAUAAAACAACUCGAAAAAAAGGUUAUUCAUAUACUGAUGAAGAAUUGAAUGUUGCUUUAAAAAUACAUAAUGCUGUAAAUGAGGAAACAUGGAAAAAAAUUAUGAAAAAGGAAGAAUUCUUUUUUCAUAUAUGUAAAGAUCAAAAAUUAAUCAGAUUUAUUGGCCUUCCCACUAAACUAUCUUUAAAAGCUUUUAUGCUAACAUUAAUUGGUUAUAACAAACCGUUCGAUAGGCAUGAUUGGUAUAUAGACCGAUGUGGAAACACAAUCAAGUAUAUUAUUGAUUAUUAUGAUGGGAAAAAUGAAAAUAAUGCCCCUGUCUCGAUUUUCAUUGAUGCAAGAUCAGAAUACAGUUAUAACAACACAUUAGAUUAUUUUAAAGUUUUGUAUCUAAAAUUUUGGAAUUUUUUUAAACUCCCAACAUGA